GCGCGGCCGCGGCCCGAAGAUGGCGGCGAAAACACAGGGCGGGAUCCGGCUGAGCGCGCUGUGCCCAAAAUUCUUGCACACCAACUCCACCAGUCACACCUGGCCCUUCAGUGCAAUUGCAGAACUCAUAGAUAAUGCCUACGAUCCAGAUGUGAGUGCCAAACAGAUCUGGAUCGACAAAACCGUCAUCAAUGACAACAUCUGCCUGACAUUCACAGAUAAUGGCAAUGGCAUGAACUCAGAGAAACUGCACAAAAUGCUCAGCUUUGGUUUCAGCGAGAAGUCGGUGAUGAACGGCCGCGUUCCCGUGGGGCUCUACGGGAACGGCUUCAAGUCGGGCUCCAUGCGCCUGGGCAAGGAUGCCAUCGUUUUCACCAAAAAUGGGGACACCAUGAGCGUGGGGCUGCUGUCCCAAACUUUCCUGGAGGUCACCAAAGCAGAGCAUGUCAUGGUUCCCAUCGUGACAUUCACCAACCAACGGCAGAUCAGUGAUCCAGCAGAAUCCAAGAACAGCCUCAAGGCCAUCCUGACACAUUCCUUGUUCUCUACUGAGGAGAAAUUACUGGCAGAGCUGGAUGCCAUCAUAGGAAAAAAAGGCACCAGGAUUAUAAUUUGGAAUCUCAGAAAAGAUAAAAACAACAAACCAGAAUUUGACUUUGACAAGGAUAAAUAUGACAUCAGAAUUCCAGAAGACUUGGAUGAAACAGGCAAAAGAGGCUACAAAAAGCAGGAGAGACUGGACCAGAUUGUUCCAGAAAGUGAUUACUCACUACGAGCUUACUGCAGUAUUUUGUACCUGAAGCCAACCAUGCAGAUCAUCCUGAGAGGACAGAAGGUGAAAACACAGCUGGUUUCCAAAAGCUUGGCCUUCAUCGAGAAGGAUAUUUACAGACCCAAAUUUCUCAGUGCCAAAACAGUCAGAAUUACUUUUGGAUUUAACUGCAGAAACAAAGAUCAUUAUGGAAUAAUGAUGUACCACAAAAACAGACUGAUCAAAGCCUAUGAAAGAGUUGGCUGUCAAUUAAAGGCAAACAACAUGGGCGUGGGUGUUGUUGGGAUUAUUGAAUGCAACUUCCUAAAACCAACUCACAACAAACAAGAUUUUGACUACACCAAUGAAUACAGACUCACAAUAGCAGCCCUGGGAGAAAAGCUCAACGAUUACUGGAACGAGAUGAAAACCAAGAAAAAUGAGGAAUAUCCCUUAGCUCUGCCUGUCGAGGAGAUCCAGAAACAGCCUGACCAGACGUGGGUGCAGUGUGACGCCUGCCUCAAGUGGCGGAAGCUCCCGGACGGAAUCGAGCAUUUACCAGAGAAGUGGUACUGCUCCCUCAACCCUGACCCCCAAUUCCGGAAUUGUAAUGUGCCAGAAGAACCAGAGGAUGACGAUUUAAUACAUCCCACGUACGAGAAAACCUACAAGAAAAAGGACAGAGAAAAACUGAAGAGGCGACUGGAGUACAGCCACCAGAUGAAUAAUGAAAUAUUUUUAAAAACAUCUGUUUCUUCAAGUAAAGACUUCAAAACAUUCUCACCUCCAAAUGCAAAGGAAGCUCUUCCAAGGUUACUUCUGCCAAAAUCAUCAGAUGCUUCUGGUAGAAGAUCUCUGCCUAUUUUAAUUAAAGUAUCUUCCCCUCAUGUGGAUGCUGAUAGCAGUCUCAAAAGGAGGACACAGAGCUGUGUGACACCUGUGGCCCUAAAGACACCUCGGCUCGGUGACAAAACAUUCAACAACCACGAGGAGGAUGAUGAUGAUGAAGAUGUCAUCAUUUUAGAGGAGAGCAGUACUCCAAAACCUUCAGCAGAUCCUGAUGUUCCUGUGGUAAAAAUGGAAUGUAUCAAUUUGGAUCAGGAGGAGAAGCAGGAGGAAAAGCAGAAGGAAAACAGUCCCGUGGGGGAACCUUGCAGUGCAAGCACUUCAGAGCCUAAAGGUGAACAGCUGAGCUCAGCAACACAGACAGAGCUCCCCAACCUGGUGGUGAAAAAAGAAGAGGUGGAAGACGUGCCAGUACAGAUUCCUGGGGAAGAGAUGGAAAAGGAACAGCACAACGUCAAUGGUGUUCCUGAGACAUCUGCAGAGGUGGAAAAUGAACUGAAAAAUCAGUUGCAAUCAUUGAAUGCAGAAAAAGAAAUGUACCAAAGCAAAUGUGAAGCGUUAACCAAACAAGUGGAAACACUGGAACAGCAGCUUUUGGAGUUGAAUAAUAAAUAUGUAAAAAAGGAAAUGUGCCACCAGGCAACGGAGACGGAUCCCUCCUUUGGAGAAGGAAACACUGAGGGGAGGAGCUUGGCAGAGGUGACAGCUCUCUAUGAGCAGGCCCUGGGGGAAAUAGCAACGCUCAAGGAGCAGUGCAGCACCCUGCAGAACCUAAAGACUGAGUGCAGCAAAUGUGCUGAUGGGGAGAGCAGGAGUGAGGUGGAUGAGAUUGCAGUGCAGCUGGAUGAUGUUUUCAGGCAGCUGGACAAGUGCACCAUUGAGAGAGACAGAUACAAAAGCGAGAUUGAAGUCCUAGAAAUGGAGAAGAAUCAAAUGGCCUGUCAGUGUGAGGAGCUCAAGGCAGAGCUGGCUCAGUUAAAAGCUUCAAUCCCACAGGCUGUAGCACAUGCAAAUGAUUCUACCACCAGUAAUGUAGAAGACUCUGUAAAUUUUUCUGAUGGAGAAAGCUCUGGUUUGUGUUUACUAAAAGAAUUAGCAAAUAAAUGCAGGACUUGGAAGUAACUUCCCCCCACAAGUUGAUGGAGAACUGGUCAUGGAGAUGAUAAAGGAUCUGAGAGUAGAAGGAAAUGGGCCACAGAAGGGAUGGCUCAUGGCAAAAGAAUUUGAUCAGGAAGAGGACACAGCAAGGACAUCCAGGAAAGAAACCAAAAAAAGGGAGGCACAGCCUUUUCCCUGGGCUACAACUCUUAUUUCCUAUUUUUUUUUAAGCCUUUGGACAAACUCCUCUUUCUUGCCUUCUCCUCUUUUUCUCUUCUUUUGUUCCCAUGGGUUGUGGUAAUUUGGGUUUCUCAAUAGAUAAAAAUACCAGGGCUUUGAGAAAUACAGGUGGUGUGGGGUAAAGGAUUAUACCAAUGCUUAUUCUGAAAUAUUUCUUACAGGAAUUCAGUUUAAUACUGGUUUAAAACUGAGGGAAUAUUCCCCUUCAAACUGAAAACUGAAGAGAAGCUUAGAAAAACUGGUAGAUUUAGAAAUAAUCUUGAUGCAGCUUUACCUGCAUCCAUUUUUUUUUGUUGUUUUUGUUGGUUUAUGGGAGUGAUGGAGCAUCUCCAGUGUGGAUUAUCAGUGCAGCUUUGUUAGGUGAGCUGUGAUCAGAUAAUUCCAUCUCCAUUUAAACCCGUGCUUUU